AAAAAAGAAAAAAAAAAAAAAAAAAAAAAAAGUCAAAAUGUAUUAAAUGAAGAGCUAGAAAAUGCUAAGGGUCAUAUAAAUAGAUAUACUAACAAUAGACGAUAUAUGAAAUUUCUUCUUUGCUUUGUUACAACUCUUCAUCCACUGUAGCUAUGCAUCUUCUCAACACAAUCACCGUCUAUUUGCCUUUAUUGACAUGUAUCAUCAGCAUUGCAGGAUGGAUUACAACAUUUGUUGGUCUCUGUAUAUCAAGUAGAUUCACUCAUAGAACUACUUGGUGGACUAUAAUCUUCGAGCUUAUUAUGAUUACACUGUCAUGUGGAGUCUUUUGGACCCAGACAUUGAGACUAUAUUCACCAGUUGUGUUGUGCUUGAUUGCAAUCAGUUUCUCCUAUGUUACUGAAGAGAUAGAUCUUUACUUAUAUAGCGACAAAAUAUCCUUGAUGGUAGCAGCCAUUGGCUAUAUUACAAUGUUGGUCAUACAAUUCAUUUGGAUCUUUCUAUAUGGGACUCAAGAAGAUGAUUUUAUGCUUCACGGAUUUAGAGAACUUCCGUCGAGCGGGAGUUUUGCUAGUAGCCGCCAACAGCAAAGAGAGCAAUACUCAGUCAACAACAAUGCCACUAGAAUAAAAAAAGCGGCCAAUAAUACUUCUGUUGAUACUGCUCAGGCCAUGUCUCAGUAUUAUGCCACGCCUUCAACUUCUGUUCAUGAUUCUCUUUUUGUGCCCAGCCCAAUGAAAGAACCAACAAUAAAUAACUGUGCGCAGCAAAAUACGAUCUACUUAUCACCUAAUACAGAUUACACACUUCCUGUAGUGGCUAUUCAUAAUUAUACAGCGAACAAGGAAGAUCCUUUCGAGUUAUCAUUCAACAAAGGUGAAAUUUUGUAUGUUCAUGAAAAAAUAGGGAGUUGGUGGCAGGCUAAGAAGAUGACUGGAGAAAUUGGUAUGAUACCGAGCAACUAUGUAACUGCUCGAGAGUAACUCUGACACUGGCUUUUGUUUUAACAGCAUUGGGAUAUUUUUUUAAGCGUGAGUGUGAGACCAAGUUACCACGCAGAUUAAAACGACCAGUAUUACAUCAUUUCUUUAAUUUUUUUUUGUUUGUGCCUCUUCACGUACUAAUAGCA